CUGUCUCUCCUCUCUCUGUCUCACACGGAGGAGGAGGGAGAGGAGGAGGAGGAGGAUGAGUCGCUCUGAUUUCCAAGAUGUCGCAGGAAUCUUUUGUUGGUGCCGGAAUUUUAUCCCCAACCACCACCAUCAUCAUCAUCAGCAGCAGCAGCAGCAGCGGCAGCAGGAACUAACUGACAUCAUUAUUUAAUGUCGUAAUUUUAUUGUCGUAACACCGCUGUUACCAUGAGGCCAGUGGUGGUCGUUUGCGGCAGCAGCUGCCUGUAAACAACAACAAUAUUCAAAUAACAAUCAAAUAAAAACAAAAGGACUGCAGGUAGGUGGAUUGUCUUAUCUUUUGAAGCUACUAAGAUAUGUUUUCGCUAUUGUUUGUCUACAUUGGAUUAUUGGCAUAAUAGAUGUACUGUACACAUGCAUGCUAGCUGCAUAUCUACACUUUAUGUAUACGCAGGCCUACGACGCGCAUUUUUGGGCCGGCCCAAAAAAACAAAACAAUAUACAUAUUAAUAUACAUUUUUUAUAAAUAAUUUGUAUCGCCCGCGACGGUAAGUGAGACACGAAACGCGGACAAUUGGUUACAUUUCUUGAAGGACGUUGCGCUAGUCCAUUGAAAGCUCUCAGCCCUCCCCUCCCUCCUCGCUCCCCUCCUUCCUUCCCAGGUAAGUUGCUGUUUGAGUAACGGCGGAGUUGGAGCGAACGAACAAAUUAUGGCUAAAAAGCGUAACUCAGGGAAAAAAGGCUCAAACGCUUAAAAGUUGACGCAGCAAAAUGCACUAAAAUUACGUAUCUAUUUGCCGCUACAACAAGUUCCACCGCUGCAGCGGGUGCAGGGGCGUCGACGACGGCGUCAUCAUCGUCAUCAAGUGCAGAAGCAGUCCCAUCGAGUGCACCGGGGGCUGUCGGAGUGGCACAUGUGCAAGUACCUUUUCAAAUAUUACUAUGAGUCGACUUGGUGUCCAACUUACAGUUUUAUUUUAGCUUAUAAAGUUAUAAUUUGCAGGUGUUACAGCUUACAGUUAUUAUUAUGUAAUAUUAGUGAAACAUUGCUUUGCAGAAAUUGAUGGUUAAUCAUUGUUAGGUGUAUGUUCUUGUAUGUUGAAUUCACAAGCAGUGUGUAUGUCAGACUGUUGUCUAGCUCUAUUUCUUUAUUUUAGUCAUUCGUCCAGUUAUAAUGCAAUUGAUGUGUAUCACUCAUUGUUUUUUGUCUGUCAAACUCUUCUCUUUAAGGCUGCCCUGUCCCCCAGGGAUGUGCCUUUCAUUGGUGUGCACUUCACAGAGCACCAUGGUCCAUGCAGCCUUUGUCUCAGCAUAUGUGCCACUUUGAGGAGGUCUUUAUUUUAUGUAUGGCCUUACUGUAGGCCUAAUUGUCUUAUUUGUUUGUAUAAACAGUAUAUUUCAUUAAAAACCGAAAAGACAUUUCUCGCAGUGUUUCUUUGACAACCACUUUUCACUUCAAGAUGGGAAUUUUUUUUUUUUUUUUAAAUAUGGUUACACCCUCCCAUGUUGGCCACUGUGCUUAAUUUUUAUUUUUGAAACAACACAAUGUGCACAUAUAUCCUCUGGUAUGUCAUGCAAAAAGGCCGAAAACAUGACAUAAAAGAGGAAAAAAAGAGACAACUUUGAGGCUUUAUUUCUCAAAAAUGAUACAGUGAAAUAGUUUGAUAAUAAACAACCACUGUCAGAACGUAUGGGCCAUUGUGUUGUUAUUGUACAGUAAAAAUCAAUGUCUUAAAAUCAGCUCGAUUGAUUGCACUUGUAUCAGCAACAUCUUAUUUUGAAAACCGGCUCGGUAUCAAACCAGUGCUGAUUCUCAGUCGACUCCCAGCAUUCACCGUAAGUUCGUCUACACUUAAAAACUACACUUAAAAACGUUGAAGCGGAUGGCUUGACCACGCAAAGACGAAUGACGGCUCACUUGACCACAGUUAAUAAACGGUCUUACAGUUUUCAUCAAAUACACAUUUGUGUGCCAAACAAACUCAAGGCAAAUUAUGAAUGACAUUUACAGAACUAAAGCCUCUUGAUUCUUGAUUGUUAAUCAUUAUUCCAUGUUGUCGUAAGACAGAGGUACAGAUACUUAAAUGUUGUUUUUUUAAUACAUAUUUCUCCCUCAGAUUCAGAACAAGAUGCUCCAAGGUUCAAACAUCUUGGGGUACGAGAGGCCUCUGGUCAUCCGAGUGUCCUUCUCCACCUGUGUGCUGUCCACCGUGUUCCUGCCUCUGCUUGGACUCAUCACGUGUCUCUUCAUCUCCUCCGUGUUUCACUUUGAUGACUCCACUGUCACACACUGCCAGGUUCCAAACUACCUGCCGUCCAUCAGUGCCUCGAUAAGCCUGAGUCCCGAGGGCCACAUAUGGCGCUUCUGCAUCGGGCUGCACUCUGCACCGCGGCUCCUGGUGACAUUUACAUACUUCAAGCUCUACAAGGCGCGUUUCACCUCCAAGUUCCCCGAGAGUCCGCUCAGCUGCCUGAACCUGGCCUUCUCCAUGCUUGAAAACCUCGGCCUUUUGCUCCUCACAUACGUGUCGUCCAGUGAGACAUACUUCAUUCAUAAGGAAGGAUUUGUGCUGUUCAUCAUCAGCUCCCUGAUCUACAUGCUGAUCACCUGCCGUCUGUGGAAAAGUAUCAAGAGGAAUUCACUGUGUCCUGAGGAUGCCAAGUCUCACCGGUGGAAAGUGCGUUUUCUACUUCUCAACGUUUCCUGCUGCGCUUUCGCUGGAUUCUUUUACUGGAAACACAACAUGUACUGUGAGUCAGGGAGUUACACACUCUUCGCCCUCUUUGAGUAUCUCAUCGUCUUCAGCAACAUGGCCUUCCACCUCACGGCCGUGUGGGACUUUAAGAGCCGUGAGGUCAUGGUCAUUUCCUCCUCUGAAGAUAAAACCUUCUGACUAGAAACACAAGUACUCAGUGUUAACUGUACGACCACUCGACCUCCUGGUGAUAACAGCCUUCGUUCCACUGCUCACGAGGUCGAGUGGGACCAAAGACUGUUCCAUAUUUUCCCAUGAUGACGGCUCUCGGGUCCUCGAAGUGUAAACGUCAGAUUUACAAACGUUCUACCGGAGACUUUGUUCCGUUUUGUUCAAUUUAAGUGCUUUGUUUUUAAAGCCACUGUCUCAUCUGUUGAUGCCUUCACCAGGACACUGUGUGUUCAACUUUCAACUUUUGUUCAACUUUCAACUUUCGUAUCAAACACAACAUGUGUGUGCUCAUACUCUGUGUGUGCCAAAAUAAAGUGACAGUUCUUUCA